AUGGCAUUCGCUCUCUUCGAAACCGGGACCGUUUACUACGCCGACCAGAGACUAUUAUUCGCUUUCAACCAUCCAGCCUCACUCUACAACCUGGACUUCCGACAUGCAUUCUCCAAAGCUGGUCAUCUUGCACAGCUGGAUUACAUCCCAAAGCUGAAUCAUCUCGGGGCUGUCGCGUGGUGGGUGGUGGUACAUUUCAAAGGCAAAGCUGCCGCAGAGAAGUUGAGACAGAGGCAACCAUCAUUCUUCGUCCGGGACAUUUCUGGAGUCACGUAUGCCGAGCAGGUGCAGGUUUUCGACACGUCAAUCUACAGCUACCGGUAUUGCCUGCUCGUUCCGAUCAUGAGACAGAUGGAGGAGCCAUCCAAGGAUCUAGUCAACUCGGUGGUCAGCACGCUGCGAACUGUUCUGGGACUUCGCCCGUCCACACGCUCGCUCGUCACGCGACCUUUCGUCAAGACCAAGGAGGACAAGCGGGACUGGUUCCGACCGGAUGGCGAUCUCGAUCAUCUCUUCAAAGAUCGAGUCGUCACUCCUUUGAUCCGCGAAGCCGUGUCUCGCUCUGAAGGGGACUCCGRGGUUUACAUCGGCGAGCUGGCUGCCACCAUUGCAUAUGGAGAUCUCAACCUUAGAAACCGCAUGGACAUGCUGUUUGUGAUUUGGACACGCCAGAGCAACGAGGACGGCAGCCGCUGUCGAGAAUCGAUUCCCCGCCAACUCAGCACCUUGUUGUCGUCUCCCGUCAUCGCAACUCUGCAACCAACGGACAAGUUGAUGGUGGUCGUAGAGAUAUGCUCCUCUUCGAAGCAUCCAAUGAAGGACCGUCGCCUCUUCAGCAGUCUUCCAAAGUCUCAGCCGAUUCAGCUCCUCACCGUCAAUCCAGACCGCUUGACCCGCAGAGCUGAGGACGUUGAUGCAAUUGUUGAUAGGGUCUCACACAACGGAGGAACGUGGCACACUCAAGGAUUUCCACUCGGCGACGACGGCGAUAAUUCCGACUGGCACGUCAUCAAGAAGGAUGAAAAGGAACGUACCGACAUCCUCAAAGAUCGUCUCGAGGUUGGACGACAGCGAGCACUCCAAAUGUCAUUCUAUUGGCGUCGCGAUAAGGUCAUGAUCCGACUGAACUACUACAUCCGCCAAGUAGGAAUCCCGCCGGAACUGAAAGCUCUCCACGGCGCAUUGAAAACCGCCAUCAAUUUCCAUCGCUUCACCCGUAUUUACAUCAUCGUACGCAUAUCAUUCACCUCGGGAGGAAGUGGUCACGACGAGCUGGAGCCUUCAAUGACGAGACAGCAAGCAUUCCUUUCCAGCAUCGCCGAAGAUUGCGGUGUUGAGGUAGAGCAGAUUCGGGCGCGAGGUGUCUCAGCAUACAAUGACGCAUUCAUCACCAUGCUGGAAGAGCGACUUGAAGAUGAGCCCGGCCGCGUGUUGUUCCUAUCUGCAAGUGUCGACAGGGCCGUCCGAUCUCAGCGUCAGUACGAUCGACUCAAAGUCGUACUCCGUAACGGCCAUCACGCUAUCGCGUCGAUACUCUGGGACCACAAGACGACUCUUUCUGCUCGCGAAGCUUUGCGAUUACCACUAGCCUUCUCUCACCAUCCAUUCAUCAAACGAUGGCAAAAAUCUCUCGAUGCGCAGAUUCGAGCGCCUGAAGUCAGUCUCAGCAUGCCGGUCAUACAGCCAAUCAUAUGGAUCGGCGCAGAUGAAGAAUAUGUCGAUCAAAGCUUCACCUCUGUUGUUCACGCUGAGCGACACGUCGUCAACGCAGAGCAGUGGGUCGAUGCUGGGCGUUUGACAUCAUACCAGGGCGAUUCCGUCAUUCCCGAUGUGUUUCGAAAUGACGACAAGGGUCAUGGGUUUACUGUUCCCCGCAUGCAGGCUUAG